AUGUCAAAGACUGUUCUGCUUUUUGCCAUCGUUGUCCUGGUCUUUGUGACUGUUGAGGCACAAACUAGGCGACCAAUCAAUCGACAGAUUUGCCAACGCCAAAACGAGAGGUGUCUCCGCAAUGAGCCCAGAAAUGGACGGAACAAUGACAUUUCGGAGAUCUUCAAUCAAUGGUGUCGGGGAUCCAACCCAAGAUGGCGUAAUAUUUCACGAUGCGAACUAACCCGGGCCACUUGUCGCUUAACCCUUGAGAACUGUGCCACCUUGUCCUGUGAGAAUGUGAGGCGAGCUCUGCGGGAGGAGCGCACGACUACUACUAGGCGUCCAGGGCCCCGCGAGGAAUAA